AUGGAGUGUUUGCAUGGAGUGCCGGCGUCCGCAGUUUCUACAAAAAAUGGAAAAUUUUGGUUUUGCAACAAAAAUAACCAGAAAAGUUGUGAAUUCUUCUGCCCUGAGCAAGACCGCUUGUUGUUCGAAACGGCUAUGAUAAUGUGGAGAGCGAAUGGAUCAAUUCAUCCGGUGUGUGAUACUCACCAAAGACUAGCAAGAAUGAAAGUCGUCAAAGAC